AUGUUCGGUGACCGUAUGCCGCGUAACGUUGUCGCCAGGGCGAACGUCGACGAAGACGACGACGGCGGCGGCCGGACCGCGAUGGACGUGGAACUGUUCCGGGUGAUCGGGCUGAUGCGGCUGGUGCGGCCGGCGCGCGGCCGUACCGACCGGUGGUACCGGGCAGCGGUCGCGGGCCUGGUGCGGCUGGCGUUCGUGUUGCAGGGCACGCAGGUGGUCGGGCUGUACUUCGCGCUCAACGACUUCCAGCGGUUCGCCAACAUGGCCGUGCUGCUCAUCAGCGGUCUGAUGAGCCUGUACAAGGGCCACGUGCUGGCCGCGAACGCGGCACGCGUGUGGGACACGCUGCGCGUGACGCGGUUCGCGUACGUGACGUGCAGCGGCCGGGACGCGGGCCGGCUGCGGCGGACCGGCGACGCGCUGCGGCCGCUGCUCCGCGCGUUCUACGUGUUCAGCUACCUGACGCUGGCCAUGUGGAUAUCCAUGCCGUGCUUCAUGCACGACCGCGUGCCCAUGGCCGCGCCCGACGGCACCGUGGCCGAGUACCGCAUGACCGUCAACAACCUGUGGAUACCGGUGCCGCCGGCCGUCUACAACGCGCCCGCCGUCUGGGCGCCGGUGUACGCGGUCGAGGCGUUCAUGGUGUCCGCCAACGUGUUCGUCUGGGUGCUGUUCGACUGCUACCUGAUCACCAUGUGCUUCGUGCUCAACGCCCAGCUGCGCACCAUGUCGGCCGCGUACGAGAAGCUCGGCGUCCACGGUCCGGCGGGUGUUCGAGCGGAAAAAAAUGAAAUGAAAUUGAAUUAUUACGAUGAUUUGAUUGAACACAUAAAAGAUAGUCAACGAAUAAUGAAGAAAUUGGACGACUUUUUCGACAUUGUACGACCAGUGGUCCUAGUCCAAAUAGUGAAUGGAUCAUUUUCAGUUGUUACACUAAUGUUUAUCCUCUCAUUGUUAUAUAUUAUGGGUUGGUCAGUUGUAUCACCGCCAUUUUUGAAAUUUUCUGCCGGUUUCAUAUCGCUCACCAUGCAACUGUACAUCUACUGCUACGCAUUCAACUACAUAGAAACAGAAAAAUGUUCGAUGAAUUUUGGAUUGUACUGCAGCAAUUGGACUGAGAUGGAUUUGAAAUUCAAAAAAACCGUAUUGUUGGCGAUGAACUUAAACUCGGCUCAUAAUCGGCAGAUGAAAGUGUCACCGACGUCCAUCAUAAAUUUAGCGAUGUUCGCUAGGGUGAUGAACAUGUCAUAUUCAAUAUUGCCUGUAUUGUUAAAUGUAAGUACUGGAAAAUAA